AUGGAAUUAAACUUAAUUGACUGUCAACCUUUAAGAGAAGAUGCCAAAACUGAAAGACUAGAACAAAAACAAGAGAACCUCACCGAGGUUUUUACUCCAUCUCCACUACAAGCGGAGAGGAUUGAUGAGUUAAAAAAAAGGAUAGAAAAUAAAUAUAAAACGAUAGAGACUACUAGAAAACAAAAUCUAGCAAUACACAGUUCAAAUAAUAGUCUAUACGGUAUUACUGGGUUAGAUAUGAGUGAUAAUGAAAUUGACAGAAUGGAAAGGGAAGUGCAGAAACUAGAAAAAGAGUUGGGACAACUAGAAACAAAGUUGUCGGAGACAGAAUUAAAAACCCAAAUAGAACAACCACCUAAAUAA